GUUUUUGUGGCUCUCAUGCAACAAUUUGUUCCUAGUGCGUUGUGUUUUAAUUAUAGUUUAAUGUGGUUUAAUUAUCUAUAAAAAAAAGGUAUAAUAUCAGAAAUGUCUAGAGAAAAGGAUUUGGAUCAGGACUAUUCAGUCAUUGAUGUGUCGAGCUCCGACAGUCAAUUCAACUUAUCAACUUCCUCCUGUCGGUACAACCUACGGAAUCGAGGACCACCCACUUUCACCCAAUUAGUCGAACAAGAAUGUCCCAUAUGUUUAUCGGAGGUUUUCAUCAAACCGGUCGUUAUCAACUGUGGUCAUACAUUCUGUGGAAGCUGUAUCCGUCAAGUUUUAACGAGAUACAAAAACUGCCCGAUCUGUAAUCAAUUGAUGAUUCAGGAGCUAUUUCUGAACGAUACGUCCUACACUCGUGAUCUUGCCCGGAAGCAGAACAAAGCAGUAGUGACUACAAAGCUACCGCCGUCGAACAAAUUGAAAAAGGACAAGAUUAUAAAACAGAAAAAUUCCGUCUCGGUGGUUGAAACUCGAAAAAGCAAUAGGUUUAGAAGAACGAAAACCAUUCGCGAUGUCUGACUACGAUCUUCGGAUUUCUAACAUAACUAUUUGUAGAAGAAAAAAUUAUGCUACGUGUUCUUUCCUGUGUGUUUUAUGAUAUUGUAUCUUAAAUUUGUUCCAAAUUCGUUUCAAAUUUCCUUAUUCCGUUUCUUCGUAAGGUCGUUCAAUAAAGCGUGAAUCAUUUUCU